CAAAAUAAACUCAUUAUUAAUUGUAUUAUUUUAUUUUCUAUGGUUUAGGGUUUCUAGCAGGGAAGAAAUGGGACGGGGAAAAACGAUGCGACGCCAAGGGAGGGACAAGCGCUGCGCGUCGUCGCUCGUAGACGAAGAAUUCCAGCAGCCUACGACGUCUGCCGCACCAGAUCCCGAGGAUGAUGCGGGGAAGAAGAAGAAAUUCCCAUUCCCUCUUGCUAUGUGGGACUUUGAGCAAUGCGACCCGAGAAAAUGUACUGGGAAAAAACUCUCUCGUUUUGGCUAUGUCAAGGAACUUCGUGUACAUCAAAGAUUUGCUGGUGUGGUUUUGAGUCCUGUGGGGCAAAAAUGUAUAUCACAGGAGGAUGCAGCACUGGUCGAGGAGCGUGGUCUUGCGGUUAUAGAUUGUUCUUGGGCCAAGCUCGAGGCCGUGCCUUUUGGCCACCUUCGAAGUGGCUCAGCCCGUUUAUUGCCAUGGCUUGUUGCUGCCAAUCCAACAAAUUAUGGCCGGCCUUGCAAGCUAUCGUGCGUAGAAGCUCUUACCGCGGCACUGGUUAUUUGUGGAAAAGAAGAGCUGGGGACAGAGCUUCUGAGCAAGUUCAAAUGGGGCCAUGGGUUUCUGUCGCUCAACAGCAAGCUUCUCAAACAGUAUGCAAAGUGUAAAAACAGUGGAGAGGUCGUGGCAGUACAGAAUAGCUGGCUUAGCAGCUCCGAGAAAUCAGAGAAAAGCCAAGAACAAGAUCAAGAGCAAAGCAGCGACAAUGACGACGAGCUCCCACCUCUUCACAGAAACAUGAACCGCGUCGACUCCGAUGAAGAACCGGACACCGAGAACGAGACAAGGGACGACGAAAACGAAGAUGCAAACAAAGCAACUAAGCACAUUUCCUUACAGUGGCAGAGCCUCUCUGUAUCGGAGGAGGACGCGAGCAAAGAGACAAAAGCGCCAGGCCACUGCUCAUAAAAAUUCGGGGCGACAAAAGAUCCAGGUGAUCUUGUUUAUUCAGACAUUCAUGAUUGUAGCGAAGAUCUUCAGGAAGCAUACGUGAGCUCUCGCACAAACUGAGGACACUGGAUGCGAGAGUAAGGUAUGCUCCGGGAAUCAGCGCCAGGCUCGUUGUAAAUUCCAACGUACGCAGCACCACAUGAGUUUACUCUGGUGAGUUUCCUCGAACGCGAAGAAGUGCUGCUUGAUCGCUUGAUCUCCUCUCCCGGUUUUACUGCUGCUGCUGCUGCUGCCGGUGGCGAUUCCCUCGACUUGAAACGAGUGAACUUGGCGCGGAUUUUCUUCUUCCAAGAGCACUUGGCGCGGAUUUUCUUCUUCCAAGAGCACGGGAACAGACCUUUGGGCCACCACGCUCUCCAUCGAAACUCCAUUCUUCUCAAGCUCGACUUGUGGCGAUUCCGAUAGCUUAUCAUUGUCACUUCUUGUUGCGCGUCUGCUUCCAUCCUACCUCCCUCCCUUCGCUUUCGAGUAUAAAAACUAGAAAAAAACCUUCCUUUGCACUCUAAGUAAGCAUUACAAUCAAAUUUUACGCAAAACACAA